CCUCGCCUGUAAAUGAAGAAGAUCUUAAAUUAGCCUGCUGAACAAACAUCGUCAAACUAAAAAAGGACCCAAGAUGAAUUAUGCGGUUUGGAUACCGACUAUGUGGGACUAGAGAUGUGACUUCUCUCCUUUUUUGAAGUCAUAAAAGUUAUCAAGUAACCUAACGGAACACUCAACUAAGCUCUCAAGAUGGCCCUCAGUCCCGUCCUCCUCUUCCUCCUCUCUCUGAUUGGCUGCGGCCACUCCCAGGAUGACAUCAUCGACCCCGGCCUGGCCCCUCCCCCUCCUCUGGGUUGCGGUGUGAACGUGGACCCCGUCUACCGGACGCUGUGUGACCUGGAGUCUGUGUGGGGGGUGGUGUUGGAGGCCGUGGCCUGUGGUGGAGCCAUCACCUCCCUGGUCCUCUCCGUGGUUCUCCUAGCCAAGCGUCACUCCGUCCUUGACCCAGAUCGGCGCUCCGGCCUGGGGCCUCUUCUCCUCCUGCUGGCCUCCCUCCUAGCUCUCUUCACCCUGUCCCUGGCCUUCCUUGUGGGGCGUACUGAGACCCUGUGUGUGGUCCGCCGGGUCCUCUGGGGCCCGCUGUUCGCCCUGUGCUUCUCCUGCCUCCUGGCCCAGGUGGUGCGGUUGAAGAGGCUGGUGUCUGGAAAGUCUAGCCCCAAAGGGAGCUCCCUGGCUGGGCUUGGCGUGAUCCUGGCCCUGGUCCAGGGGAUCAUCUCUGGAGAGUGGCUGCUGCUGACAGUGGUGAGGGAGGGCCACGGGGCCUGCGACUACCCACCGUUAGACUUUGCCCUGGUUUGCAGCUACGCCCUGGGGCUGCUCCUGACCGCGCUGGGCCUCUCCCUGGCUGUGGUGCUGUGUGGAGGGACGGGGAGAGGACGAGGCAGAGGAGGGGAGCGACGGAGGGUGCGAGCGCGUUAGAAGUGUAACGCCGCAUGGCUCUUCCUGUCCUGCCUGGCGUCCCUGUUGCUAUGGGUCUCCUGGCUUGUGCUCUAUCUCUAUGGCGACGCUGCGUUGAGGGGGGCGCGGUCGGGUGGCGGGGGAGGGCGGCGACCGGACUGGGAUGAGCCGGUGUUGGCGGUUGCCUUGGUGGCACAAGGCUGGAUCCUCCUGUUAUUUCACGCUAUCCCAGAAGCCCACCUGUGUCUGAGGACCCGCCAGCCCCCCAGCCAGCACGACUACUUUGAUACCAGUCAGCCCCUGCAGCCCUGCUUCCAACAGGAGGUGCCAUUACCUACACACACACUUACACACAGGCCCUACGCAGAUAACCAGGCCUACUCUAUCGAGGAGCACAGCGCAGCACUGAGAGGUGGGUCGUACCAUAACGGACACGAGGGGAUGCGUCCUGGGAUCCCCUUCAGAGGCCACAUGUACCAGCCCACUGAGAUGGCCCUGGUCAUGAACGGAGGAACGAUGCCUUCUGCUCCGGUGAACUACACAGGGAGACAGCUGUGGUGAGAGGGGAACCUUGGAACCGGUCUCCACGGCAACACGACAUAUUAUGGUUCCGGAAUGCUCCGGAAUGUUUCCAAAUGUCACUCAUAACCCCAUCAAUGCCUCUACCUCACCUCACCAUUGUCUGUACAAAGCACUGCAACAAGCAAGUUACCCCCAGCCACAGAUCUAGGAUCAGCUCACCCUACCUUUUUAUACACUUUGGUCAUUGAGAGGCAAAGGGAAAAACUGAUUUGAGAUCAGUGCUCACAAGAAAUGUCAUUCCAGGUUUGACUGCACGAGAUUCAGAGACGGGUAACAAAGACAUUGCCUGCCCUUCCUAAGCCAUGCAGACUGGAAUAUAUCCCCAAUGACGAUGAUGAACGUCAAGCUCGCUCAGUGAACAGUUAUUGGUUGCGUCCCAAAUGGCACCGGCUCUGGUCAAAAGUAGUGCACUACAUAGGGAAUAGGGUUCCAUUUG